AUGACUCCGUCGACAACUUCAACCCCAACCUACCAUACCUCGCGCCCAUCCGUGACGCUACGGUCCUACCCUCCCAAGAAGAAGGAAGUCCAGAAGCUUUCUCUGGGCGAAUUUUUGAACGAGCCCUCUUUCGGCGGCUCCUGGGCUGACGAGGUCGAGGACACCUAUGCCUCCGGCACCCAGCCUCUCCCUCCUGCUGAGCGUCGCGGCCCUUCCACGUAUGGUGGUGGCUCUUCCUAUGCUGACCGCGGUUAUUCCUCCAUCCGCGACAACAUCAGCCCGGCCCAGCUUCCUACCCGCCCUCCUUUCACCGCCCAUCUCGGCAACCUUUCUUACAAUGCGACCGCCGAGACCGUUACCGAGUUCUUUGAGGGCUGCGAUGUUGUGAACGUUCGCAUCAUCGAGGAUCGCGAGACCCAACGCCCCAAGGGUUUUGCCUAUGCCGAGUUCAAGGAUGUCGAGGGUCUCAAGACUGCUUUGACCCGUGAUGGAGAGACCUUCGACGGUCGCAGCAUCCGCAUCAAGAUUGCCGAUCCCCCCAAGCAGGGAUACGGCGACAGGAUGGAGUCCAGUCGCGACCUUCCUACCUGGGAGCGUAAGGGUCCCCUCGCCGACUUGCCCGGACGUGACCGUCCCCAGCGUGACUUUGGCGAGCGCAGAGCCCCCAGAGAGUUUGCCCCUGCCGACGAUGGCAAGGUGCGCGACUUCGGCAAUUGGGAGAGGCGUGGUCCCCUCCCCCCUCAGGAGCCUACUGAGCAGAUCAGAGACUCCUCUCGCUCGCGUCCCCUUGAAGCCCGUGGCGAGUCUUUCCGCAACGACAGGAGGGCUUCCCCCGCUGCUUGGGGCCCUGGUGAGGGUCGUCAAGAUACUUCCCAUCCUCCCCGCCGCGAGUUUGGCGACCGUCCCGAGCGCGCUCCUACUGCUGCCGAGCAGGACAACCAAUGGCGUAGCAAGAUGCGCCCUGCCACCGAGUCUCGUGAAGGAAGCGUUCCCAACUCUCCCGCGCCCUCGGCUGCCCUUCCCGUUGGCCGCCCCAAGCUCAACCUCACCAAGAGAACCGUCUCUGAAGCCCCCGAGGCCGGAUCGACCCCUUCCGCUGAUUCCAAGGCCAGCCCCUUCGGUGCCGCUCGCCCUAUCGACACUGCCGCCCGCGAACGCGAGAUCGAGGAGAAGCGCCUCCAGGCUCUGAAGGAGAAGAAGGAGGCCGACGAAAAGGCUAAGGAGGAGAAGCGCCUCGCCAAGGAGGCCGCUGCGAAGGCCGAAGCCGAGAAGGCUGAAGCGGAUGCUGCGGCGGCGAAGGCUGAGGCUGAGAAGCCCGUUGAGGAGACCCCCGCCCCCGCUGCUGAGGAGGAGGUCAAGUCCCCCGGUGCUGCUCCCGCCAACGGUGAGGCCGAUCAGAAGGUCCCCGCCAAGACCCGUGAGCCUCGUGAGCCCCGCGAGGCUCCCAAGACCAGAGCCACCGAGAGCGGUAACUGGCGCUCUGCUCCUAGGGAACCCCGUGCUGGUGCCGCUCCUGGCGGACCUCGCCGCAACGAUCGUGCCCCCGCUGAUCGUGCUCCUCGCGCUCCUCGUAGCGACUCUGGCCGUGGCCCUCGUGCUAACGGCGGUGCUCCUGCCACCCAGCCCGCCCAGGCUGCCCCGGCUGCCGCCGCUGAGCAGGCCCCCGCUACUCCCGCUGCUGCUGAGGAAGAUGAUGGCUGGACGACCGUCACUGUCCCCAGCAAGGGCCGUCGUGGCACCAACCGUGCCUACUAA